AUCUACAGCUCCUCGGAGAUUUAAAUGAAAAAAGUACGGAACGAUGUUUCAGUAAUACAUACUGUCUGUGUGCGAGACUGGAAAACGAAACUAACGUCCAUGUUGGCUCCACUUCGAAAUUUGCUCAGAUCGAUUUGUACAGAGAGAAAUUGCGUUUAUGUCAUUAAGGUUAACCAUCGAGAGGCGUGAUCCGUUUUCAUCUGCAGACAUUAUGAAAUAAGAAAAUAUAUUCCAUGUAUUUUCAAAGAAGGCCUAAAGAAGAUUAUUUGAAGAACAGUUUGUUACCCAGUUUGUUACCCAGAACCUUUAUAUCAGAAUGUCAUGCCACUUGAGUGACUCGGACAAUCCUAAUAUUGUUCCAAAGCCACGUGGAAAUUCUCCAAAAGUCAUCGCUACAACCCUUGCCAUUUUGUUUAUAUUAUACAUUUACAUCUAUCAAGAAGAACACGAUGUAAUACAUAUGCUAAAAAAUAGUUUUUUUAUUUCAUUUUCGUCAUAUAUGCUCAAAGGAAUAUGUAAUUUUGUAGAGGAACGCUGGCAUCAUUUUCAGCCAAGGUAUGGAAAGAAUUGUUGUAAACUUCUGAAAGCCUGCUUUUUCGAGAAAACAGUUUUUUGUAUUUUUGUGGCUGUCUUCAUUGUUCUUUUCACAUCAUUUAAGCUUCAAGACAUAGUGCAGAUCAUUCUUGGAUGCUGUUGUUUUCUGAUAUUUUAUGUUGCUGGUUUUUUUGGUCCAACUGAAGUAGAGAUAUCUCAGAUCUGUGAAAUGAAUAAGAAAAAUGUUGCUCACGGCUUAGCUUGGUCAUUUUAUAUUGGAUAUUUAAAGAAGGUGCUACCUAGAUUAGAAAACUUAAUUGAGGCUUACCAUGCAGAAAAAGACAAUUCAAUUCUACGAUACAAAGAUACUUGGAAAGUGCACAUUCUGAUUCCAUUAGACUGUCACAUUCCAGAUGAGAUAAGCAAGGAAGAUGCUAAUAUACAUUUUUUUGACAACCUUCCUGACACACAGUUAAAUGUUGCUGGAGUUAUGAAACGAAGCUACAAACACAGUGUCUAUGAAAUUUUUGAUGAAAGUAAAAGGCCUCAUUUCUGUAUUGUUGAAUAUGCAACACCCCUAGUGUCCUUGUAUGAGAUGUCCAGAGAUUCACAGGCAGCCUUCAGCAGUCAGGACCGACUUGAACAGACAAAACUAUUUUACAGAACACUGAAAGAUAUUCUUGAGGACUCCAAAGAGUGCAGAAAUCUCUACAGACUGGUAUUAUUAAAUGAUAACAAGAGAGGUGAAGAUCCUCACUAUCUUUCAAAAGAAAUUAUUAAACAUCUGGACCAGCAGAUAACUGAAGAGUAUUCUGUGGAAGAAGAAGGUCAACAGCUUCAACACAAUUUCCCUACAGAACUGUCGCACGUCCCUAAACUAAUGAUUAGUAAUGACAAUAACAGUGAUUUGCCUCGAUCUCUCAUAGCUUAACUAGAAAAUGUUUUGCUAUCAGUUUAUAAAAUGUAAAAUUCUGUAUGAAACUUAGAACCUUCAACAUCAGCUAUUUUUUAUAAAAAACUGAAGUUAUUUAUUGAAUGAUGUAACAUAGGGGUGUGGGAGGCAAAUGGAAAAUGCGUAACCUCCAAGCACACUGUGAACAGGCCUGGGAUUCAAACCAAGAACGCUGAAACUUUGAAGAUGAAGCAAUACCAAUUAUUAUGUCGCCCCCACAAAAGGAAAUUCAUUUCAUCAUCUAUAUGGAAUGUAAAUUGCAUAAAUAUCAGGUAAUAAGAAGCACAUACAGAAACAAAAGCUGCAUCUUUUAGUUGUAGUGGUGAACAUAUGAAAGAAUCCAUUACUGUUAUCAAAUGCGACUGACAAAAUGUCAUUUAGCAUACUUCCCGUAAAAGAGUCAAAAGGGUAAAAAGGAGAAAUGGCAGGUUAAAGGUUUUGGCUAUUUCUUGACUGAUAUAAAAAUGUAAUUUCUCCCUAUAUUUCCCUAUGUAAAUUGUGUCUCUUUCUUUCUUUGCUUUGUAUUAUUUUUCACUUAAAUCAAUGUCCUUAGCCUUUCCCCCUAAAUACUGAAUUUUGAUUCAUUUUUGAAUAUCCUGUUUUCAUUUUCGUUGUUGCACUCUAUAUUCCACUGGCUCACUUUUUUCUUUGUAAAUUAAACCUUUUUGGACAUUCUA